UUGGGUUUAGCUUCUACCUGGGUGCGAAGUGACGGUUUUUCAAUUUCAGCUGGUUUGAAGAGAUCUGAACUUAUUAGACGGUUCAAUGCCAACAUACCAUAUACGGGCCUAACGUAUUCUGUAGCUCAAGAAGGAUUCUUCACCGAAAAUAAGGGAAAGGUGAUCGUCGGUGCAUUGGAAGCUGUUCUGGGAGAAUCCUACGACAAGGAUGACCCCAAUUACGUGUAUAAAUGUGAAGCACAAUUGCAAUGUUUGCGACGAUUAUUUGCAUCAAAGAGCGGCUUUCAGGCAUUCACAGAGGUUCCAGGGGUUCGUGAGAAGCUGGGCACUCUGGUGAUCCGUGUACUUUCGUACAAAAACGAGGCUAUUGAUUAUGCAACUGUGGAAGCGCUGUGUGCUUUGAUGCAUCCUAUGCAUAAUCAGUAUGAAUUGCGCACGGAACAGCUGAAUAAGCACAGCUUACUCAGCAGUACAAAAUUCGUGGAACACCUACUUGAUCUCAUUGUCAAUCACGUUGAGCGCGGCACAGGAUGGCUUGUGAUAGCUGCAAUGCUCGAUUUCCUGACGUAUGCCGUAUGUGCACCCUACAGCGAGACAACAGCUGGUGAACAGUUCGAUCAAAUACUGAAGUUGGUAGCCGCUCGAGGUCAAAGUUUCUAUCGCCUUUUCCAGUGUCCUAGCAUGACGAUUGUUAAAGGCGCUGGAAUGGUGAUGCGGGCUAUUAUCGAGGAGUCAGAUGUGGAAACAUCGAAAGCAAUGCAGAUGCUAGCACUCACAGAGGGCGCAUUUUUGACGCAUUUGAGGUUGGCGCUACUGACGACAGGAAAAGAUCUGGAAGUGAGUAUAUUUUACCACGGUGAAACGUUUACCAGCAAUACACAUUAG